GCUACUGGUGCAGCCUUUAAAUACAGUCAUUUGACACAUCCCAACAGGCGCUUGUAGCAGAGAGCAGCUGCUGACCCAAACCUCGGGCUUCGGACAUGAAGGCGCUCUUGUUCACCUGCGUGCUGGUGCCUUGGCUGGCGGCGGCCUCGGCAGGGAGGUCGGAGCAGGACUCACAGCUGAUAGUGGGAUCUCUACCUGCCAGCGAGCGGAACGGAUACUUCGCUGACCAUUCGAAAUUGAGGAGGGCGAGGAGGGCGCUGCCAGUUGCUGAUGAACCUGGUGAUGGCCCAAUGGGUCAGGCAGGAGAUGCCUCUGACCUCCCCACCUGCCUGCUGUGUGUGUGUCUGACCGGCUCCGUGUACUGUGAGGAGGUCAGUCCAGACAUGACCAGCGUGCCCAACUUGCCUAAAGAGACGGCGUACCUGUACGCCCGCUUCAACAAGAUCAAAAAGAUCCGCACCAAGGACUUUGCUGACAUCGUGACUAUGAAGAGGAUCGACCUGACGGGGAACAUGAUCUCAGAGAUCGAAGACGGGGCGUUCUCCAGUCUCCCGCUGCUGGAGGAGUUGAAUCUGGCUGAGAACAAACUGGCCAAACUUCCAAUGCUGCCGGCCAAACUGAAAUACUUCAACGCCAACGGAAACCUCCUCCAAACAAGGGGCGUCAAAGCGAACGCUUUCAAGAAAUUGACCACGCUGGUAAACCUGUACCUGGCUGACAACGAGAUGGAGGCCAUUCCACACAUCCCAGACAGUGUCCAGAUCUUACAUCUACAGAACAACAACAUCACAGAUGUCAACAUAGACACUUUCUGCCGGUCCAAUGACAACUACUACCUGCGACCCAGCCUCAGCGAGGUGCGGAUGGACGGAAACCCCGUGGUGCUGUCCAAGUACCCCGACAGCUUCACCUGUAUGAAGGUACUGCCCAUCGGACAGUAUCGCUGAGGAGGAACAAACUGUACUGUCGCCCCUUCCUUGCCGAGGGGGCCAUCUUCCCACCACAAAGUCCUAAGGAAAGGGGGGGGGGUACCAAUAUUUUUACGUCAACAAAAGGUUUGUGACAUGGUCAGGUCCAAGUGAAACUAUUCAUAGUACUGAAGGUGUAGCAUUUAGGGAGUUUCCCUCAGUUUAUUUUUCCAGUUCUGAUUGGUUCCAGGCUUUUAAACUUCUUGCAGGGAGUCUCACACGAGUCUAGAGCCACAGUCACAUGAAGCCUCAAUGUGCUUCAAACUAACUGGUUUUGCGUUUCUACUAGUUAUGAAGAUCUUCUGAAAGGCAUUGAGCUGCUUCUCUGAUCUCUCGCCAAAAACGUGGUCGCGUUGAUUCAAAGAAAACAAACACACUUUCCCCAAAAAGGGAUCCAUCAUAACAACUCUGAUAUUCCCAAGCUUCGUCCACACACCUGACCAAUCUCUGCACGAGGCUUUGUCACAUUGUCCAACGAAGCCUUCGACUCUCCGAUUGGAGUCACAUGCUGUUAAUAAAUUGGACAAAGCAAAAUAAAGCCUUGACAAAGGAUUGGAAAGUGACUAAUAGUCUAAAAAAUGACUUUAGGUGUCUCCUGAACGUCCUUUCGACCGGUGUUGUGAGACGCUUCAAAUGAGUGGGAGGAGUCAACGCCUCUACAGCAAGUUUCCAUUUGACCUGACACUGUACUGCCCACAAUAAAAACAACACACAUUUUAAAUAAUUUUGUAACAAUAAGUACAAAGAAAAGAUAUUACAUUAAAAAAAAACUGCCAAUUUUGCUGACCAAAAUAAAUAAUUUUAGGGUUUUACAUUUAAUUAAAUUGUUGUAGAAUAUUACAGUGGACCCACAGAGUUCAUUCAGAUAAAAAUACAUGAUUGAAAUGCAGUUUUUGUGUAUUACUGUUGUUGCAUGCUUCAUUUUAUAAUUCCCAGACUGAAAUUGAAGGCAGAACACAAGGAAAAAACAUUGAAAACUAGUUUUACUGGACUGUGAGCACAGUCAAUGUUCCUCAGACAUCAGAAGUGGACUUUGAGAUUCUUUUGUCAGACUGCAGAUACAUACAAGAUAAUUCAAAAACAAAAACAGUCUUGUAUAUGCUUUUAUUUUAGAAAAUGACGAGAAUUAACACGACCCUCUGGGUUUCGCUCGGCUAUUACUCCAUUAAAAUGCUUCUCUAUAAAAGGUCUAUGGCCAUGUGGACUUGUUCAUCUGCAGGCUUUUCCUAAACAUUUUGUGACUUGGCUUCACUUUGUUUUUAAUUUAUAUAGAUUCUGGGUUGAAGUGAACUGGGAAUGUAUCUAUGAACUAUAGUAAUGUGAAAGUUACUCCUUUUUUUAUUAUGUCUCGUGUCCCUUAUCUCCUCCAGUAAUAAGAUGACUUAUAAAUGAUUACUGAUGUGAAUAAGACAAUGGUGUACAGGAAGAGGGGACAUGGAUGGAUGGACAUGUGUUUAAGAAUUUUUAAUAAAGUUAAACCUUAUAAAUUAAAAUGUUUUAGAAUUAUUGGAGCCUGCUUCAC